GGAGCAGCUAAUUUUUAUGUUGUUGUUGUUGUUGUUGUUGCCGUUGUUGCUGUUGUUGUUGUAAAGUGUGAGUGUCUUGGGUAAAAAUGGAUGGAAGUUGGAGACUCACCACCGGCCUUAUUUGCUCGUACGGAUUUUUCAAAGAAUUGAAGCCUUCUGAGCCAUUCUUAACGCCUUACCUUAACAGCUCUUAUAAACAUUUAAAACUUGGAGAGCUCUCUAGUGAAGUCUAUCCGAUAUGGACUUAUUCGUACCUUGUUGUGUUGUUCGUCGUUUUCCUUGUCACAGACGCUCUAAGAUACAAACCUUUGAUUAUAACGGAGGGCCUAGCAUAUUUAACUACUAGAAUUCUGUUAAUAUGGGGAAAUGACGUGCUUGCUAUGCAGUUCAUGCAAAUGGCAUAUGGAAUAGCAAGUGGUACAGAGAUUGCCUAUUACUCGUACAUUUAUGCACUUGUACCAACAGAACACUACCAAAAAGUGACAAGUUACCUGAGAGGAGCAGUUCUACUGGGAAGAUUUAUGGCCGGGUUUCUUGGACAGCUGUUGAUCUCGCUAAAGUUAACUAAUUACCUUGUCUUGAACUAUAUAUCCUUAGGAUCAGUUAUAAUUGCCUUUGUUUUGUCAUUGCUGUUGCCAAUGCCAAAAUCAGAUGGCAAUGUGUUCUUACUUAAUAGUGACAGAGAGGAAAGUCAGAAUGGAAAGCGAACCUGCAUUUCAAGAUGGAGCACAAAUAUUCUGAGCAUGUUUACUGCGUUCAAAAAGUCAUAUUCAAACCUCACUCUUCUCCAGUGGUCUGUUUGGUGGGCUUUGGCUAUGUGUGGAUACUUGCAAAUUGGUAAUUAUAUUCAAAAUCUAUGGGAAGAGAUCCAAGGUGCUGAAAACAGUGAUACGCUAAAUGGUGGAGUUGAAGCUGCAGGGACACUGGGUGGGGCAGCUGUAGCUCUUACACUUUCAUUUGUUGGUAUUAGAUGGGGUGUUGUUGGAGAGGUUCUUCUUGGUGGACUGUCAAUGGUAGAUGCAAUUCUUUUGUUUAUUAUGGCCAAGUCUGGGAACAUUUGGAUUGCUUAUGCUACAUAUGUUGCCUACAGGAUGUCUUAUACAUUUCUGAUCACAAUUGCAAGCUUUCAGGUUGCAUUGAAUGUUGGGGAGCAUGCAUUUGCUUUGAUAUUUGGCUGGAACACCUUUGUUGCUUUGGCAUUGCAGUCAAUCAUGACUAUAGUGGUUGCAGAUGAGAAAGGACUCAACUUGAAAAUAAGAGAACAGUUUAUAGUGUAUGGUGGAUAUUUUCUGGCAAUUGCUGCUGUGUAUCUUAUAUUGCCACUGGCACGUUUGAUAAGAAAACUGCAUAACCUACUGAAGAGCCUGUGCCUUCACAAAGAUGAAGAAAUGGAUGUGCUAUCAGAUUCACUUUCAGCAGAGAAUGAUAGGAUACCAUAUGCUGUAUAGUUUGUUUAUUAACAUGUUUUUUACACUGUUUCUAUAACAAAGCUAUGAAUUAAUUAUGUGAUCUAUUAAUUUUUCAUUUUAAUAUUGUUCAAAUGACGAGUUUAUGUAUAAUAAGAUAAUAUUUCUAAAUAAAUUAUGUGGUUUAGAAUUUCAGCAAAUUUCUCUAUCAAUAAUUAUGAAUGUGAACUUUAUGAAAAUUUGAUUUGAUAGUUUUAUCUGUAUAAAUUGUUUUCGCAGUUUAACUGGGUUUUCUUACAAUUAGCAGGGGCGGAUCCAGAGGGGUGCGAAAGGGGCUCGAGCACCCCUCAGAUUUGAGGAAAAACUUUUUGGGGAUUAAAGCUUAUUCUAUCGCAAUUUUGUUUAUAAUUAUUUAAACCAUUUAUUAUCUCUUUUACCGAGAAGUAUGCACAUCUCCUGAAAUUGUUAUAUCCGCUUCAAUGCCCCGUCUCACAACUGUUCAACAUUGUUAUUUCAGUCCAUGCAUUGAAGUGUUAUCAAACUCCCCCUGGUUGUACUGUAUAGCAUUCUACAGACUCGGAAAGCAUUGUCUCCUCUUAUAACCAGCCACUUGAGGAACCCGUGGCCUGUAAAUUAUACGAUUUUCUGCACCCGUGGAAGUGAAUCUAGCCAAUCACGGUGCCAGGUCGAGGGGUUCUAAACUUUGGCGCGAGAACCCAUGGAUUUCAAAAUCCAAAACAUCAAAGAAUACCGACCAAACCAGGGGGAGUUUCUUCGCUUCAAUCUACAGUCAAAUGUAUAGUGGUUUUAUGACCAGGGGGAGUUAAGCUUGAACAGGGGGAGUUGAGGUUGACCAGGGGGAGUUGAAUUAUGAUACAGCACGCGACGAAUGCUUAGGUGAAGUGCAAAUUUGCAAUAUGUUUUCGUAGGUCUUUUGACGAUCUUUACCUGGUGCUCGAUGCUGUAACGGCAGAACUUGUAAACGCUUUGGUUUAUAUAACAGAACGGUUUCAAGUUUCAACUCCGUGUUUCACGUCUUAUUCAUAGACCAUGAGGUAUGAUUUAUAUUCAGAGGAUAAAGCUUGCCCGAGCCCUUGUUAUUCUUUUGUUAAUCAUUCAAGAACUACAUACAAAACAUCUCAAAAACUUGCCCUUACUAUUCUUGACCAAAAGGGGUUUUCUUCUUAUUCCUGCUUAUAUUCCUACGAAUACUUUUUUCUCUAAAGAUUUCAAAUUCAUAAAAAUACUCAAAACGGCAGGCCCAUUUGUUAGCGAAACGUUCAGGGCCUCAUUUGUUUGGUUUGGUAUCAUAUGUCGAUGCAUGCCAUGCAUGCUGUGUUUGAAUCCCUGUGUUCAACUUUUGUCCGACUUUUUUCUAUUGUUCUAUUGUCUCUAAUGACGUGCACUGCACUUCAUGUUCAAGGGCUUCAUUCCACCAGCCAUGAUUAAGUUCUAAUAAAUGGCUGCAAAGAGUCAAAAAUUAAACUUUGCUUUGGAAAUUUGUGGGCUCGGGCCUUUUGCCACUGCGGGCAAUGAUAUCAUAUUUGACUACAGUUUCUAUACUUUUGUACCCUAAGUGAAUAUGAGGGGGAGAGCUGCAAAUUGCGUUUGGCAUAAAAGCUGAAGCCAAAGUUCCAAGUUCUGAUCAAAGUGUAGCAAAAAAUUACUAUAUCAAUCGCGGCAUCCAGGCUUUUUAGUUUAUGGAAGACUUUCAUUUCAUUAUGGCUUAUUAGCAGGGGGUACGGAGUUUGUGCAUAGCAACACCCUUGGUUACCAAGCUUUACGUUUUAGCACCCCUCAGAAUAAUUUCUAGAUCCGCCCCUGAUUAGAGCUUAUUUUUCUGUUAGAAAUAGUGAGAUUUUCUUUUCAUGAAACUCUUGUCUGUAUACAUGAUGACUCUUUGUUACAAACUUUUUGUAAGAAACUCAAAUUGUUUACACAGGAUGGUAAGAGACAGUCCAAUUACACAUCUUUAUUUGCUUUAGCUGUCUGCACCAAUAAUUUUAGCAAAAAUCGUGUUCUCAAUUGUUUUUUUAGCUGCUGAAAAACUAGCAAAGCCUUUGGUUUUAAAAUAAUGGAAUAAUGCGUAUAGAUAAAUAAUAUGAAGUCCAUUAAGUGCUUAUGGGCUAACCGAACUAUGUUAGCUGCUGCCAGCAAUGUUCAGAGCUACUAAGAAGACCAUAGGGAUUAGUGUCAUUGGUUCGACCGUCGUGGCCGACGAAUUCGAUUUUUCUCUGCAACAGUCACUUCUUUUUUCUAUUCAGUUUUUCUAUUCAUUUAAUUUCGCCUUUGCAACUCGCGCAGCCCCGAAACCCCGAGAUGCUUGAAAGAUGCGUUUGCGCCACUUUGGCCUGAAGCAUCUUCUUUGCUGAAGUGGUCCAUUAGCAUUUGUGCAUUUCAAAACGAUCCGCUACUAGAGCGCAGUGAUCGGCAAACAACGAUAUGUUCCAAUAAAUUACUGCAUUUACGUAAAGUCACUCGAUGCAAAAUGGAAACACAAACCAGAAUGUUACAUAGGAGAGGAUUGUAUUGAAAAGUUCAUGAGCAGAAUGGAUGAACUGAACUCUGACUUACGUUCAGUAUUGAGGAAGACGAUGUCAAUGAGGAAAUUAACUCGUUACGAAUGGACCAGGGGCGAAACUACCGGGGGGGUGUGGGGGGGUGUGACACCCCCCCAAUCCAAAAAAUUGUCGAUUUCGCAGGGCAAUCGAAGAUUUCGCAGGGCGCCAAGAAAAGCUUUAUUGCCACGCAGAAAUGCCACCUCUGAAGUUCGUAAAGAGCCGUUUAGGAAUUUUGAAAUGGAAAUAUCGUAUUUGUUAUGAACCUCUCUUCCUGACAUUGCAUUUUAGAGAACGGAACAGGUAUGUAAGGAAAAGCUCCGUUAUUUGCAAAGCGAAAGCAUUUCUUACCGAAAGUCAUAGCCAAUGGUACCCUGGGUACCAGAGCCGCAAAAAUUAAAAUUAAAAAAUUAUGAGAGUGAGAGCUUCUCUCUUUGGUCAAGAUAGGAAUUUUUUAUCAUUUUUUCUAUUAUCUUUUAACAGUGCAUGAACUUAAAAACAUAAUAAAUCGUUAAGAUACCGAUUUUGUUUCAUCUAAUUGCUAACUUUUUCACGUAUAUUUUUAUUAUUUUUCACGUAUAUUUGCAUUAAUUCAGUAAAUCAUUUU